CCUCGAAUGGAGGGCCAACAGUCCCAAACUCAUCUCAGAUCCGCAAGAUAACGCAGACGACGUCAGACAAGCCAGACAUUUUCUUACCCGGCGGCAAGUCCUCCCACAAAAUAUCACCUAAUGGCAAGUGCUUCUCAAAUGGCGAUCUCCCACCCCGCCGCCUCGCCGGCGCCGCCGCGCCCGCAGUCUCCGGGCGUCGGCAGCGUGCCCCUCUCGUCGGCUAUCGGCGAUCUCCUCCGCUUCGUCCUCUCCUCCCACGCUGCCGGCGCCGGCAACCCGGACCACGACCCGGCCGCCUUCCCCCUCUCGCCCUCCUACUGCGCCCGCCUCCUCGACGACGACGGCGACCUGUGCGGGAAGCUGGCGGCGGGUAUUGAGCAGUGCCUCGAGGAGGGGCGGCUCCCGGGGCCGCCCGCGGUGGCCAGGAUCCCGGUUGCGGAGGAGGGACCGGAGGAGUGGGAGGCGGUGUUGCUGGAGAAAGGCGCCGAGCUGAAGCUGAUGUAUAAUGCUGUCGACUUUGAGCUGCAUGUUCAGGAACCAUACUUCACUCAACUCAGAGCCGAAGCCAAGACAGUUGAAGGGAGGUUAGCGACUGGUAACUACAACCGGAUUACACAAGGUUCUUUGCUGCUAUUCAAUAAAUGCCUAUUGCUUAACGUUGAGGCAGUUAAGAAAUACAGUUCAUUCUCUGAGAUGCUGCAAGCAGAGAUAAUCUCAAAUGUCCUUCCUGAUAUUUCAUCAAUAGAAGAAGGUGUCAAAGUAUACAGGAAAUUCUAUACAGAGGAAAGGGAAAAGUCUUAUGGAGUCUUAGCAAUAUCUGUUUCAAAGCCAUCAGCUCAGCCUUACACAACUAUGACUGAUAUUCUUGUUGGAUUGGGUUAUGAUGGAUUGGGUCGACUACUUGGUAUGGCCAGAACAGCUGGAACAGUUCCAGAUGGAUUACCUCCUCCAAGAUCUGCACUGAUAUCAUCUUGUAUGAGACUACACCAACCAAAUGUGAAAAGUUGUUCUUUAACUGAUGCUGCAAGGGCAUUGGCCAAACAUGUUCACAGGAGCACGAAAGGAUGGUGGGGCGACGCUAGUGGAAGUGGUAAAGAUAUGGUCCAGCUUGAUACUCAUGCCUGUUGGAGGCUACUGUUAUGGUCUAUUUUAUUGUUGCACUGCUUGUCUUCAGAUUCCAGCAAAAACGAACUCGCAUCUGAAGCCAUUGACUGUUUGUUACGUGAUUGUUGCUGGAUGAAUGUUCAUCUGACUCAACCGUAUGGUCCUGUUUUUGAAAUCCGUGUGCAUGAAGGCUAUGGCGCCAGAUGGUCUCAAGAUGGUGCAAAGUUCAUCGGAUUCUUGGAGCCCUACACCCCAGAAGGCUUUUCUAAAGGAUGGAAACACUAGCUAGAUCAUGAUCUGUAUAUAGCAGUCCAGCGGAGUUGUUCAUUUGUAGCGCCUCUAUGCAUAAGUGUUUUGUUGAAUGACCAAUUACUGAAGAUAGUUGUCUUUGUCAAUGUAGAAGAAAUGAUCAUGUGUUUAUGUCAGCUUCCUGCAUAUUUAUUGUA